AUGGCAUUUGUCACUCCGAUUAUGUCAACACUGCAUUGGCUUGCUGGACAGCUUCUGUCGGAUCUAAUUGAUCACAAUUAUUUCUACCUAUUUGACAUGGAGUCAUUCUUUACUGCUAAAGCACUGAAUAUGUGCAUUCCAGGUGGCCCUAAGUUUGAGCCAUUGUAUCGGGACAUGGAAAAAGGAGAUGAAGACUGGAAUGAAUUCAAUGAUAUUAGCAAGCUUAUAAUUAGGUCACCCCUAAGGACAGAAUACAGAAUUGCUUUCCCUCAUCUGUAUAACAAUAGACCCCGACAGGUUAAGCUAGGAGUUUGCCAUAUGCCUAUGGUAAUGUACAUAAAGACUGAGGAUCCUGAUCUUCCUGCCUUUUAUUAUGAUCCUCUUAUUCACCCUAUCACCUGCACCAAUAAGGAUAAAUGGGAGAAGAAACAUUUGGAAGAGGAUGAUGAUGAUGAUGACGACUUCUCUUUGCCUGAAGGGGUUGAACCUCCUCCAUCCUAUCCUGUCAAAGUUCGGGUGAGUUAUCAGAAACUGCUGAAAUGUUUUGUGCUGAAUGAGCUGCAUCACAGGCCGCCCAAGGCCCAAAAAAAGAAACAUCUGUUCCGGUCUCUUGCAGCCACCAAGUUCUUCCAAACUACAGAACUUGAUUGGGCUGAAGCUGGUCUACAAGUUUGUAAGCAAGGAUGGUUGGGCAAUUUACUGGCAAGACGGUUCGAGGGACGGCAUUCUAAAGGGGUUGCUAAAACUGUAACAAAGCAACGUGUUGAAAGCCACUUUGGUUUGGAGCUUCGUGCUGCUGUAAUGCAUGAUGUUCUUGAUGCUAUGCCAGAAGCUAAUAUCCCCUGGAAGGUUCCUGGUUUGCCUCUUCCAAUUGAGAACAUGAUUCUUCGCUAUGUGAAAUCAACAGCUGAUUGGUGGACAAAUGUGGCUCAUUACAAUCGUGAACGUAUACGAAGAGGUGCAACUGUGGAUAAGACAGUUUGUCGGAAGAACCUGGGAAGGUUGACCCAUCUUUGGCUAAAAGCGGAGCGAGAGCGUCAGCACAAUUUUCUGAAAGAUGGUCCAUAUGUGACCCCAGAAGAAGCUGUGGCUAUUUACACUACCACUGUGCACUGGUUGGAAUCCAGAAAGUUCACGCCUAUUCCAUUUCCUCCUCUUUCAUACAAACAUGACACAAAACUUUUCAUCCUUGCACUGGAAAGGUUGAAAGAGGCAUACAGUGUGGCUGUGAGGCUAAAUCAACUACAGAGAGAAGAGUUAGGUCUUAUUGAGCAAGCUUAUGAUAAUCCACACGAGGCUCUCUCACGCAUUAAGCAUCAUCUUCUUACCCAACGUCAGUUUAUAGAAGUUGGCAUUGAGUUCAUGGAUUUGUAUAGCUAUUUGAUACCUGUUUAUGAGAUUGAACCCCUUGAGAAGAUCACAGAUGCAUAUCUGGAUCAGUAUCUGUGGUAUGAAGGUGACAAACGCCAUCUUUUUCCAAAUUGGAUAAAGCCAGCAGAUUCAGAGCCACCUCCUUUAUUUGUCUAUAAAUGGUGCCAGGGCGUAAACAACUUGCAAGAUAUAUGGGACACUAGUGAAGGGCAGUGUGUUGUGAUGCUCCAAACGAAGUUCGAGAAAUUUUUUGAGAAGAUCGAUUUGACCAUGCUUAACAGGCUUCUUCGGCUUGUGCUUGAUCAUAACAUUGCGGAUUAUGUCACGGCCAAGAACAAUGUUGUGCUCUCUUACAAGGACAUGAGUCAUACGAAUUCUUAUGGUCUAAUCCGUGGACUGCAGUUUGCUUCUUUUGUGGUGCAGUAUUAUGGACUGGUCCUGGAUCUUUUGAUUCUUGGUUUGACUCGAGUCAGCGAAAUUGCGGGUCCACCACAGAUGCCGAAUGAGUUCAUAACUUAUUGGGACACUCGAAAAAGCCAAGCAGUAAUAUUCUACACACCGAAAGAAAUUGGAGGGUUGGGAAUGCUAUCAAUGGGUCAUAUUCUGAUUCCACAGAGUGAUCUACGCUAUAGUCAGCAGACAGAUGUUGGUGUCACACAUUUCAGGAGUGGUAUGAGUCACGAGGAAGAUCAGUUGAUUCCAAAUCUUUAUCGAUACGUACAGGCUUGGGAGAGUGAGUUCAUCGAUUCCCAAAGAGUUUGGGCUGAAUACGCAUUAAAGAGACAAGAAGCUCAAGCGCAGAAUAGGCGGUUGACUCUUGAAGAUCUUGAGGAUUCAUGGGACCCGGGGAUUCCUAGGAUCAACACAUUGUUCCAGAAGGACAGGCACACCCUUGCAUAUGACAAAGGAUGGAGAGUGAGAACAGAUUUUAAGCAAUAUCAAGUUUUGAAGCAGAAUCCUUUUUGGUGGACCCACCAGAGGCAUGAUGGAAAGCUCUUCCCUACUUGGGAGGGUCUUUUCUGGGAGAAAGCAUCUGGCUUUGAAGAAUCCAUGAAAUAUAAGAAGCUGACCAAUGCACAGAGAUCUGGGCUCAACCAAAUUCCUAAUCUUGGAUCUGACGGGAAUAUUUAUGCAUGGAAAGAUACCCACUCUCAAGAUAUCUCUGAUACAGAUAUUCCGAGCCCACUUGUGGCAGAAGAUUCAUGGGAGUGUUGUCAUGGAUCUUUGCCAGCUCAUCGAUGGCCUAUGUCAAAGCCUAGUCUUGUUGCUCAGUCAAAGGAUGUGUUUGAUCAGAAAGCUAGCAACAAGUACUGGAUAGAUGUACAGCUUCGUUGGAGUGAUUAUGAUUCCCAUGAUAUUGAACGGUACACAAGGGCAAAAUUCAUGGAUUAUACAACAGACAACAUGUCUAUAUAUCCUUCCCCGACAGGGGUGAUGAUUGGCAUCGAUCUUGCUUACAACUUGCAUUCUGCCUUUGGUAACUGGUUCGCCGGCUCAAAACCAUUGCUUGCCCAAGCCAUGAAUAAGAUAAUGAAGUCCAACCCCGCUUUGUAUGUUCUGAGGGAGAGAAUAAGGAAAGGCUUGCAGCUUUAUUCAUCAGAGCCGACCGAGCCUUACCUCUCCUCCCAGAACUAUGGGGAGAUUUUCAGCAAUCAAAUCAUAUGGUUUGUUGAUGACACUAAUGUUUACCGGGUCACCAUCCACAAGACUUUUGAGGGGAAUCUCACGACAAAGUCUAUUAACGGCGCAAUUUUCAUCUUCAACCCGAGAACUGGCCAGUUGUUUUUGAAGGUGAUUCACACUAGUGUUUGGGCUGGACAAAAGCGUCUUGACCAGUUGGCCAAGUGGAAAACAGCUGAAGAAGUUGCUGCAUUGGUCCGCUCAUUGCCAGUUGAAGAACAGCCAAAGCAGGUUGAGGUCGCAUUGAGGGAUCUAAUAUUAUCUGAUUAUGCAAAGAAGAACAAUGUGAACACUUCAGCACUCAUGCAGACAGAGAUACGGAAUAUUAUCCUUGGAGCUGAAAUCACUCCACCGUCCCAGCAGAGGCAACAAAUUGCAGAGAUAGAGAAAGCGGAAACUGGGUAUACGUACAUUAUGCCUAAGAAUGUACUGAAGAAGUUCAUCUGCAUUGCAGACUUGCGUACACAAAUUGCAGGAUACUUGUAUGGUAUAUGCCCUCCAGAUAAUCCUCAAGUAAAGGAAAUCCGUUGUAUUGUCAUGCCACCACAGCUUGGAACUCAUCAGGGAGUGAAUUUGCCAUCAGCUCUCCCUGAGCAUGAUUUUUUACACGAUUUGGAGCCUUUGGGAUGGAUGCAUACCCAGCCAAAUGAGUUACGUGAGCUGUCUCACCAGGAUCUUAUUAGUCACACGCGGAUUCUGGAGAACAAGGAGCCAUGGGAUGGAGAGAAGUGCAUUAUCUUAACAUGCAUUUUUACGCCAGGCUCCUGCUCAUUAACUGCAUAUAAACUGACACCAUCUGGUUAUGCUUGGGGGAUUGAUAAGAAGGAUAAUAUGAGCGGUCCUGCUGGUUAUUUGCCAACACAUUAUGAGAAGGUUCAGAUGCUUUUGAGUGAUCGUUUCCUUGGUUUCUACAUGAUUCCAGAAAAUGGUCGGUGGAACUACAACUUUAUGGGAGCGAAGCAUGAUACAAUCAAGGAAUAUGGACUGGAGCUGGGAACUCCAAGGGAGUAUUAUCAUGAAGACCAUCGGCCAGGACAUUUCAUUGAUUUCAGCAACAUGGAAGACGGCAUUCCAGAAGCUGACUGCGAGGAUACAUUCACUUGA